AACCUAUGUUAUGAAGAAGAGAAGAAAAAUUUAAUAGGGUUAUUAAUUGAAAACAAUUUUGAUGAAGUAUUUGAACCCUUGACUAGCGAAAGUCUUCGUUUUUUUUUACCUAUGAAUGGUUUAUGUUUAAUUGAUUACCAGUUACAUUUUUUUAAACAGAAUAAUGUAAAGAAGAUAUAUGUCGUUGUAACUCAUCAUGAAAAUGAAUUAUUGGAUUAUAUUGAGAAGUUUCAAAGAAGUAAGAAGAGAUAUAAUGAUUUAGAUAUUGAAAUAAUAAAAAUGAAUAAGAAAGUAAAAACUUUAGGAGAUGCAUUAAGAGACUUUAAAAAGAGUGUUGAAGUAUACAAUGAUAUAUUAUUAUUACUUUCAGAUACGAUUCCAAUAGCUAAUGUGAAAGACAUUAUUAAAGCUCAUUUUACUAAUAAAGAAAAAUGUAAAAAUCAAAUUAUGACGUUAAUUUUAUCACAUUGUAGUUCGGAAAAUAAAUCUCACAAUGAUGAUUAUGUUUUAGCAUAUGAUAAUUUUACAUUUAAACUUUUAUUAUUUGAACCAUUAAAAAAAAAGAAACAUUUUACAUUAACAAAUGAUAUAUUUAAAGAUAUAAAUAUAAAAGAUAGAAAAGGUUGUAGAUAUGAAGAAAAGGGCUUAUUCAAAGGAGGAAAUAAGGAUUUAAUUAAUAAUCAUCAUCAUCACCAUCACUAUGUUAAUAUGGACGAUGGUCAUAAUGUUGAUGGAUAUAAUAAUAUGUAUAAUAUUAAUAAUAAUAAUAAUAAUAAUAAUAAUCGUAGAGGUAGUCUUUAUUCAAGGGGUACUGUUUAUCAUAGGGAUAGUGUUUUUCCAAGAGAUAGUUUUUACACCAGAGAUAGUAUUUUCCAAAGAGACAGCAUAUAUCCAAGAGAUAGCAUAUAUCCAAGAGAUAGUAUAUACCCAAGAGACAGCAUAUAUCCAAGAGACAGUAUAUAUACAAGGGGUAGUAUAUACCCAAGGGACAGCAUUUAUAAUAGAAGUAAUAAUUACCAUAUGGAUAAUCUUCAUAAUAUGGAAUGUCAUAAUCUUAUCGAAAACAAUCAAGAUAUGGAAUGUCAUAACUUACGUACAAAUUCUCAAGGUAUGGAUUAUCGUGAACUUUUUAAUAAUUAUCAUGACAUAGAUAUUCAUCAUUAUAGUAGGAAUAGACGUGCUUCUUUCAUCCUAAAUGCUUGUUCAAAUUCAAUUAUCAUUUCAUAUGAUCUUAUAAUACCAAAUAUAUUUAUAAUUACUCCACAAGUUUUGAAAUUAUUUGAAGAUAAUUUUGAUUAUCAGUGUAUAAAAAAAGAUUUUAUAUAUAAUAUACUUAAACAAGAAAUAAAAAUAGAAGAGAUAUAUGUUCAUGAAAUAAAUGGUGAUUAUAAUUAUACCGAAUGUAAUAAUAUCAUUACUACUUUAUCAGACUUUCGAAUAUAUUUUAAAUUUUUUAAAAUGUUAAUUGAAAAAAAUGUACAUCCUUUUCUUGCUAAUGCUUAUCAUUUACUUCCUGAACAGCCAAAACGCGUUUUGACUGAACCAGGUUUAUAUAAACAUAAAAAUGCAAUUGUUCAUGAUACAUGUAAAUUAUAUAAAAUUGUUUUAGUAGAAAAAUUUACUGAAAUAUUAGAUAAUACUACUAUUGAAAAUUCAGUUAUAGGAAAAAAUUGUAAGAUAGGAAAAAAUUGUAAAAUUAUUAAUACAGUAAUAGCUAAUAAUUGUAUUAUUAAAGAUAAUGUUAGUAUAUUAAGUUCAUUUAUUUAUGAAAAUGUAAUUAUAAAUGAGAAUGUAUUUAUUGAUGAAUGUUGUGUUCUUGGAAAGAAUAUAAAUAUACCAUGUAAUAUCGAAAUUCCAAAAUAUACUAGACUGAGUGCAUAUUGUACAAAUAAUGUUAAAGAUAAAUUCCAAUUAGAAAAAAAAAAUAAAGAAGAAGAUAUACUAUUAGAAGAACAUCGAAAAGUUCGUGAUAUCGAAGAAUCACAAAAUGACAUAACCAAUGUUAAGGAAGAAGACACUAUCGAUAAUCAAGAUACUUUUGAAAAUGAAAAGGAAGUUUCUGAUAUUAUAUGCCAUCAACAUAUGCAAAGGGAAGAAAAUGAUUAUGUAAUUAUUGAUGAGAAAAGUUUUGAUAAUCCUAAGGAGGUAGCUAAUAGUAACAUUCUGAAUGAUCAGGAAAAUGUAAAAAGAGAAGAUAAGGAAGAAUAUGUUAUUGUAGACGACCAGUCUCAUGGUGAGAUAAAUGCGUCCAUAGACAAUGAAAUGUUAGAUCAUAAGGUUGAUGAAAAACACACAAAUCAAAUUAAUGGAGAUCAAUAUUUAAUAUGUGAUGAUAAGGAGCUACCAAAUGUAUUAUCUGAUAAGAAUGAAGAACAAAAUAAUAAUUUUGUUCAUGCUGUGAAUGACAUUGGAAAUAAUGAACGAAUAGAUCAAAAUACAGAAAAGAAUAAUAAUAUAUCGGUUGAUGAAAAUAUAAGCAUUGGAAUUAAACCAAGUAAAGAUGAUAUUUUUAAUGAGAAUGAAAAUGUUAUAUUAAAUGUAGAACAACCAUUUGAUAUAAAUAAUUAUAUAAUAAAAACAAAAUAUACAGAUGAACAACUAAGAUUUUUUUCAUUAAUUGGGAAUACACAAAUGAAUAUUAAUACUUCCUAUAUCUCAUCAUCAGAAUAUGACGAUUCAGAAGAUGAUGAAGAAGAAAAUGAAGAAAGUGAGGAAGAGGAGGUAGAUGAAGAAAAUUAUGAUUCAGGAUAUUCAACAACAAAAAAUCAUAGUACUAUUUUAACUGAUGAUAAUACAAGUGAUGAUAAAGGAGCAGAAUUAUUUAAUGAAGAUUCAGUAAAUAUGAGUGAUAUUAAUAAACAUUUUAAUGAUAUUAAUAUUGAUAAUGAAAAGAAUAUUUUCUGUAAAGAAAUCUCUUUAUUAUGUAAAGAAGCUAUUAAUAAACCACAAUUUAUGAGUCAUAAAAUCUUAGAAAUGAAAAGUUUUAGACUUUCAUUAAAUUAUACAGAUCUUGAUGUCCUUGUGGGUAUCUUCCCUAUAAUAUGGGAAUAUAUAAAUCAAUUACCGUUUGAUAAAGAAUCUUGGAUAGAAAACUUUGAUAAUGCAAAGUUAGAUAUGUUAUUUUCAUCUUUCCUAUUAGAAGAUCAAUGUUAUUAUGAAACUUUAUAUGAUUUAAUAUUAGAUUAUUCAAAAAAACAGUAUCUAACUUCUAAUAUAAAAAAUAAUAUCUUUGGAUCUGAUAAAUUGUGUAAUGCAUUCGAGUAUAUCUAUCACUCGGACAUAUUCGAAUUUAACUAUUUCAACGAGUGGAUAAAUAAAAAUCAAUCGGAUGAGUUUUUGAAAAACAACAUGCGAUUAAAAGCUUUUGCUGAGUGGCUAGCAGAUGAAUAA